UCUACUGUAGAACAUUCUGGAAACGACAGAAAGUUGAAGGAACUAAUGUGAAGCGCACUUUCGUAUUUAAAAGGAUAUCUCCACAUUAUUUAUUGUUUGUAAUGUACUACUAAAGGCACAACCUGGGAAAGCCUGAAAUAAAAUAUGAGCGGCGGCGUCUCCUCUAUAUGCGAAGACGAGAACAUAAAAACACAAGCGCUGAACAGCCUGACGCCAGGAGAGGAAAAUGUUCCCAGCAGUACGAUGCUGGCCUACAGCUGGCCCACGAUUGGCAGCCACCGAACUCCACUUGUGCCGGAGGAUUUAAACUUUCAGAACCGCGCCGCGGAGGAUUGCUUCAAGUCGGGAGACCCUGGUUUGAAUGCACAGCUGUUCACAAAGCACGUGGAAUUAAACGAGCUUCCCAUUGAUGUGUGUUAUGGAAAUAAUAAAAAACGUAAACACAGUGAUGUUGGAAUGGUAGGACAGAACUUUAAAACUAUUAAGAUUAACACCGUCUCAUCGUCUCCCGAUGUGAGCUGUGAAAGACGCUACCAAAGAAAGCAUAAGAGGGAACACGAUGAAGAGACUGCUACUCCCAGGAAGAGGCAAGCUACAGAAGAGAUGGUGAGUGCCUCAUUCCAAGCUCCCUCCUUUCUCCCUGAGGGUGUGGCCCCUCAGCACUGCUGGGGAGACCUCAGUGCCAACCCCCAGCAGCCUGCAGAGCUGGAGGGGCAGGCAGCCCACAUGGAGGUGGAGGGGAGGGAGAGUAUGAAGCACUGGGGGGCAGCACACAGGAGACUGCAGGAGAUUGAAGACAGUAUAAUUGUGGAGGAUGAUGACGAGGACUUAGAAACUGCAAGUACGAAUUCCAGCUUCCCUGUGCUGGUCAUGUCGGACACCCUUCGGGAAGGACUGAAACAGGGACUCGGGGACGUUAUACCACGGAAAUUAGCACAGUCGGUGAACCACUCGUGUAUGGAGAUGGUGAUAUGGAGACCCCCAGAGGAUGUUCUGUGCAGCAAACAGAGAGAAUCAAUGGAGAGGCUCAGGCACAGUACGGGCUGCAGUCCUGUGGCAGAGGCUCCGGUGUUAAAAGACAGGGAUAGUGAACUCCAGCAACACCUUUCACAGACCCCAGUGUACAGAGACUUGAGCCAGCACAGCUGUACCGAGGAGGACAUGGAGCUUUAGGCUACAGCUACAGGCAACAUCCUGCAAGGUACCCUUGUUUAAAACAUACUAUUGGGAUGUUAUACAGGGUCAUUCAUAAACAUUACAUCAUAGGGGAUAAAACAGAAUCACCACAGAUACAGAUCUCUUCUUUCAGGCUUACAAAUACAGUCAUGGCAGACAGGAAGACCUGUGUUGUUGAUGAAACUUAGUGUUCAUGUACAAGUCAAGACCCCUUCCAUGUAUAGAGUUCAGACAGGUCAGAGCCCUUAAUCAACACUGUGUUUUACAAUUCUACAGUGAGACACUUAUUUAAAAUAGGGAUAGUUACCCUGAAUACGAAGACAUUAAUUUAAAAGAAGUUUGUGUUUUGAAGAAACUCUUGUCCGAUUGAAAUGAUUGUCUGCUGGAUUACAUUCUGUUCCAUGCAGAUUGUUGUAUAUAUUCUCUCUCAUCGUACAUUUCAGUGCUUAUGUAAGAUGAGGACCAAUUGCACUGGCUACAGUCUGACACGGUGCUGACAGGCCACUCAGUCCGAGCCACUCUCAAGCAGAGAAUGCCAGUUGUCCAGAAUUGUGCCAAAUUCAAUGGUGGUAUUGUGAUGUAGACCUCCAUACUCAAACACAGUCCAGUAGUGAAAGACAAAAGGUAUUGCAUUGUUGUGUAUAUUGCAGUAGUCCUUCGCAUAUCCAACUGUGGUGGGACUAGAGUAAGGGCGGAUAUGUAAAAGGUCGGAUGAAUGAAUCCUGUUUUAAACCCCAUUAUACACAGCUGUAA